CUUCUAGCAUACUGGAUAUUCGGCUGCUUAUAAAAAUCAUGGCUGCAGUCUUUGAUCUCAACACUUACAAAUGCACCUAUCUCCCGAAAACUUUGUGGAGGGUAACCGACUCCGAAUCACGAUCUAUGCGAGAUCCUAUCACUAGAGACCAUGUUGCAGAAAACUGCGACCGCACAAUCUCUGACAAGUCGGGUCUAAAGCAAGCCGUUGAAGAUCAUUUCAAUUGGAGUUGCUGACGACCAAGCUGCUUCCUAACAAUAGGCGAUGUUUAUGUCCACGAGAUCGACACAACCAAGCUUCCAGCUUCUACGUACGUUUUUGAUGCAGAGUCUCUGAUCACUGACUUAUACAUUGUUCAUCCAUACCCGACCGACGAACUCAUCUUUCUCCACCGCAUACCAGGGGAGUCUCUAAGACGUACGCAAAGCCUUGGAGAGAUUGAAGAACGAGAGGCAGAAGCUCGUACCUAUGCCGCUCGCCCAUUCCACCCAGACUAUCACUAUGUUUCCGAACUUGAUGGGUGGUACGACACCGAUGAGGAAUGCGAAGAACGCAACCGCUCAGACGAUAUAAUAAAAAUGAUAGAGGGAGAUUGGUAAAAUAUGCAGCUUCGAAGCUGACGGAGAAUCUAAACCGCCUUGUGCGGAAAACUGACCGAAGAAGCCUUGCAGAUUACGGACGAACAAAGUCACAGGCUUCUUACCUAGGCAGCUAUGCCAAGUAGGAGGAUAGCACUAGUAUAUAGGCCGAGUUGAUUACAUUUAGUCACCAUUAUGUGAAAUAUAACGUACAAGCUGAUACUUCGCUACAACUGAC